CCCUGUUUAGGACCCCGGGGAGUCAGCAGCAGGUUAGGCGGCUCCGGAGCUGCCGGGAUUCAGAAGAAAAGCGACCGACAGCCGGAGAGGAUGGGGAAAGGCAGCGGCCCCUUCGAGAGGCUUCUCGACAAAGCAACCAGCCAGUUACUUCUCGAAACUGAUUGGGAAUCCAUCCUGCAGAUCUGUGACCUGAUUCGACAGGGAGAUGCCCAAGCUAAAUAUGCAGUUGGUGCCAUCAAGAAGAAGCUGAAUGAUAAAAAUCCCCAUGUGGUUCUUUACACUCUGGAGGUUUUGGAAUCUGUGGUGAAGAACUGUGGCCAGACUGUUCACGAUGAAGUUGCUAAUAAACAAACAAUGGAGGAGCUCAAAGAGCUAUUUAAGAAACAGACAGAGUCUAACGUUCGGACCAAGAUCUUGCAGCUGAUCCAGGCUUGGGCUCAGGCAUUUCGUAAUGAACCCAAGUACAAAGUGGUACAGGACACCUACCAGAUCAUGAAGGUCGAAGGGAACACCUUUCCAGAGUUUAAGGAGAGCGAUGCCAUGUUUGUUUCUGAAAGGGCUCCUGAUUGGGUAGAUGCUGAAGAAUGUCACCGGUGCAGAGUGCAGUUUGGUGUGGUAACAAGGAAACAUCAUUGCAGAGCAUGUGGCCAGAUCUUCUGUGGGAAGUGUUCCUCCAAGUCCUCCACGAUCCCCAAAUUUGGGAUUGAGAAAGAAGUCCGAGUUUGUGAGCCAUGUUUUGAGCAGCUGAACAAAAAGGAAGACCUUGACACCAGUAACAUGAAACCUGAAGUCAAGCCCGCAGCUUCAGCACCGGUUGACCUCCCCCCUGAAUACCUGACUAGCCCUCUAUCCCAGCAAUCACAGCUGCCUCCCAAACGUGAUGAAGCUGCCUUGCAGGAGGAAGAGGAGCUUCAGCUGGCUAUAGCCUUAUCACAGUCUGAGGCAGAGGAGAAGGAGAGAAUGAGACAGAAGAACACUUACUCCAUGUACCCAAAGACUGACCCAACACCAGUCACUUCUUCAGCCCCACCAGUCAGCAGCUUGUAUUCAUCUCCUGUGAACUCAUCUGCUCCGACAGCCGAGGAGAUUGACCCUGAGCUGGCUCGAUACCUGAAUCGCAACUACUGGGAGAAGAAGCAGGAGGAGGUUAGAAAGAGUCCCACCCCUUCUGCCCCAGUUUCUGUGGUGGAGUCUGUCUCACAGCCCAUUGAAAUACACACAGCUCCUGUCACACUAGUGGAGCAGCAGUAUCAGAACGGAGAGUCCGAGGAGAACCAUGACCAGUUCCUGAAGGCACUGCAGAACUCAGUGGUGACGUUUGUGAACCGGAUGAAGAGCAACCACAUGCGCGGCCGCAGUAUCACCAACGACACUGCGGUGCUGUCCUUGUUCCAGUCCAUCAACAACAUGCACCCUCAGCUCCUGGAGCUCCUGAAUCAGCUGGAUGAGAAGCGCUUGUAUUACGAAGGUCUGCAGGACAAACUGGCCCAGAUCCGGGAUGCACGUGGAGCACUGAAUGCCCUGCGCGAGGAACAUUGCGAGAAGCUACGGAGAGCAGCCGAGGAGGCUGAACGCCAGCGACAGAUCCAGUUAGCACAGAAGCUAGAGAUCAUGAGACAAAAGAAGCAGGAGUAUCUGGAGAUGCAGCGACAGCUGGCCAUUCAGAGGCUGCAGGAGCAGGAGAAGGAGCGGCAAAUGCGCCUGGAGCAGCAGAAGCAAACCAUCCAGAUGCGAGCGCAGAUGCCAGCCUUCCCAUUGCCAUAUGCACAGCUCCAGUCCAUGCCUCCUGCUAGUGGUGUUAUGUACCAGCCUGCAGGUCCAACCAGCUUCCCUGGCACUUUCAGCCCUGCAGGCUCAGUGGAAGGAUCUCCUAUGCACUCAGUAUACAUCAGUCAGGCAGGACAGCCAGGCACUGGACCGUAUUCCUCCAUGCCAGUCUCUGGAGCAGAUCCCAACAUGGUGAAUCCUUACAUGUACCAGCCAGCAGCUCCGGCCAGUCAGAGCACCCAGCAAAGCCAGGGAGUGCCCACAACAAACACCGGAUAUUCAAACUACCAACCAACUCCUACACAGAACUACCAGAAUGUGGUUUCCCAGGCACAGAGCGGAACACUUCCCCAACCACCUCAGUCAGCUGGAUUGGGAUACAUGGGUUCCCAGUCUGUCCCAAUGGGUUACCAGCCAUAUAACAUGCAGAAUAUGAUGUCUGCCCUCCCAGCUCAAGAUCCUGCCAUGAGCAAUUUACCUCCGCAGCAGUCUUACCUUCCAACACAGCAGCCUAUCUAUCAGCAGAUGGCACCCCCUGGAGCACCACAGCAGCAGCAGCAGCAGCAGCCACCACAACAGCAGAUCCAGCAGCAGCCAGGCUCUGAGGCACAGCUCAUCUCAUUUGACUAAUCUCUGUCUGGGGGAGGGGGAGUUGGGG